UGUGCGUACUAUAAAAAAUGUUCUGGAUGAAAUUGUGUCUAAAAUACUUUUUGCCCUAAAUUCUCGCAUCGAUUUAACGGGGUUUUUUCCCGGAGACGAAACAACAAGCAGAAUAACGUUUUGAGUUCAUUUCCGUCACAAAAAUGGGCAAUAAAGUCGACACAAUGGCUGCACAUAUUGAGACAGCUAAGAAAACUCGAGUGUUAAAUUGCUCUGGUCGGAAGCUAAGAGAGAUUCCUACGGCUGUAAUGAGUCUGGCUUCAACUGUCAGAACAGUGGAUCUUUCAAACAAUAAAUUAACAGCAAUUCCUGCAUCUCUGGGGAAUUUUACUGAACUAAAACAGCUGAAUGCUGAGCAUAAUGAAAUUGAUCACCUGCCAAAUGAACUGACAGGAAUGAAAAAAAUUGAAAAUCUACAAUUGGGUUACAAUCAUAUCAAUGAAAUCCCAUCUUCCUACUCAAAAUUUGUGAACUUGAAAUCUGUACAUUUACAAAGCAACAAACUGACAGUUUUCCCAAAAUUUCUAUGUGAACUUAGGCAUUUAAAUGUCGUUGAUCUGUCUGAGAAUAAAAUUACGGAGUUGCCUGAAAAUGUUGAAAAACUCCAAUGUAUUGAACUUAAUAUGAAUGGGAACCAGUUAAAAGGGAUUCCUACUUCACUUAGCUUGUGUCCACGACUCAAAGUCCUAAGAGUUGAAGAAAAUCUGCUGGAACUUGCAUCUAUAACUAGUGAAUUUCUGAGGAGUUCUCAAGUUUGUGUGCUAGCAGUUGAUGGAAAUUUGUUUCAAAUAAAAGAUCUUACAGAUAAAGAUGGUUAUGACCAGUACAUGGAAAGAUACACAGCAAACAAGAAAAAGUUCUUUUAAUUGACUUAUUCAUUAGCUAGACUCUGCUAUCAUGUAAAUGUAAAACUCUUAUCUGAAGAGCAGGAAUGCCCAGCUGGAGCAAAAGACGAACUCAAAGAACAUAAAAUAACGAGAGAUAUUUAAGAAGCGUAGUAAUAUUGUAGAUAACGUAGAAAACAUAUUGAAACCGUGAAUCGCGUUACUUAAAUCAUAAUUGAUUACACAAAUUUGCUGUGUAAACUUUGGUUUCGAUAUUUUGCAUUAUCUGAUAUUUAACAUCAACAAAAACUGUUGAUGUUUAAACCAUGUAAUCUGAAAACAAUCGCAGGUU